UUUCAUUUAUAAAAUCUAUUUUGAAAAGGAAAACAAAUUAUGGAGAAAAUUUUGAACAUCUGAAAGGAAAAGCUUUUAUGAAUUUAAUCUGGAUUAAUGUCUCAAACGAAUGCCGAAUUUAGGAAAUACAGUCUUCUCCACAAUGUGGUGGAGUAGAUGGCUGGUCACAAUUCUAGUCAUUUUAGUAUAUCAAAUCACCUUAGAUAAUUUCUUUUUAAGUAAAUUUAAAAUAGUGGGAGUUCUAGCUGAUAUAACAGCGUUAGAUAGCGCUGGUAGAAUUUAUAAUAGAGAUAGUAUUAGUCAAUAUCAUAACCAAUAUCAUCAUCAUCAUCAAACACAACAUCAUUAUGAAAAUUCACUGUCAGAAAAUCGUUAUAUAAAUUCAAAUCCUGCAGAACAACAGCAACAACAACAACCUUUACAUCAAUUAAAUCAACCACAACAAAAUUCACAAUAUUAUAGUAAUAAUUUUCAUACUAGCCAAAAUUUUAAAAUUAGUCCAAAACCAUGUAGUGUGGGCAGAUUUGAUGGUACAUGCAUGUUCGUUUGGGAAUGUAUUCGUUCAGAAGGUCAUCAUGUUGGAAUGUGUGUUGAUUCAUUUAUGUUCGGUUCAUGUUGUUCCCAUAAUAUAACAGAAAAUGUUGUUAUGCCUCAAGCAUUUGCAUAUACAAGACCAACAAAACCAUUAACCGGUAUUAGACCUAAACCACCAAAUAUUCCACAUAAACCAUCGAGUAUUGUGGGACUUACAACAAUUGAACGUCCUCAUGGUGCUGGUACAUUAGUUAUAAGACCUUCAGGUUUAAGUCAUCAAAGACCUAAUACACAAUUAAUAUCAUCAGCAUCUUCAUCGUCAAUAAUACACCAAAAGCCAAUCUUUUUUAACAAUAAUAAUGUAGUAAGUAGUACAACAAUUAAAAAUCCUAGUCUAACAAAUUCAGUAGAUGAUUUAGAAACAGCAGCUAGCGUUGGCGGCGGAAGUAUUUUUAAUACAUCACCACAAACAGCUCAGUGGCAUAUGACAACUGAACCGAAUUUUAUAACAAAACCUAGGCCACCACUAUGGGAAAAACCAUCAUCAUUACGACCAAAACCUCCUAAACCAACAAAAAAACCAAUUUUCAUAGACAGACCAUUUGAAAUUUUAACAUCGAGUGGUUCUUACGAUACAAUCACAAAAAAACCGAACACAACGAAGCCUAAACCUCAAAUAUUUUAUCCAAAACCAACAAAAGCAUCAUUUACAACACCAAAACUUCCACCAUCAAUUACUUAUUCAACAACUUAUAGACCACCUCCAACAUAUGUAAAUUCUUUUAGUACAACUUCUGGAAAUAAAACUACCCCUUCAACUACAACGCAUAGAAAUAAUCCAUCAACAACAAUAUCUUCAACAACUACUACAACAACUACAACAUCAACCACAACAACAACGUCAACAACAACAGUUAAACCUAAAACUACAACAUCAUCAACAACAACAACUAUACCAAUAACAACAAUUCCAGCAGUAACAUCAACUAUAUCUAAUUUAACUGGACAACAAACUACAACUGAUAUUCAAAUUAUUUCUAAUAUAAUUGAUAAAAAACCAAUUCCAGUUACCGAUGAUCUCAAAUCUAGUACAAUAUCAUCAGCAAUUGAAACAAAUGAAAUAAAUGAUCCAUCAAAACCACCAUUAAUACCAACACUUUCAGCUGCUCGAACAGAUUGUGGUGUACCAUCACUUUUUACUCGUCCAGAAACGAGAAUUGUAGGUGGUAAAAAUGCACCAUUUGGAAGAUGGCCAUGGCAAGUUUCUGUUCGUAGAACAUCAUUCUUUGGAUUUUCUAGUACACAUCGAUGUGGUGGAGCUUUAAUUAAUGAAAAUUGGAUUGCAACAGCUGGACAUUGUGUUGAUGAUUUAUUGACGUCACAAAUACGGAUUCGAGUUGGUGAAUAUGAUUUCUCUCAUGUUCAAGAGCAACUACCAUAUAUAGAACGUGGCGUUGCAACAAAAGUUGUACAUCCAAAAUAUAAUUUUUUUACAUAUGAAUAUGAUUUAGCAUUAGUUAAAUUGGAACAAUCAUUAGAAUUUGCACCACAUGUUAGUCCAAUUUGUUUACCAGCAACAAAUGAUUUAUUAAUUGGGCAAAAUGCAACUGUAACUGGAUGGGGUAGAUUAAGUGAAGGUGGUACAUUACCAUCAGUAUUACAAGAGGUUUCGGUUCCAAUUGUCAGUAAUGAUCGUUGUAAAAUGAUGUUUGCUAGAGCUGGAAGACAAGAAUUUAUUCCAGAUAUAUUUUUAUGCGCUGGUUAUGAUACAGGUGGUCAAGAUUCUUGUCAAGGUGAUUCUGGUGGACCAUUACAGGUCAAAGGCCAGGAUGGAAAAUAUUUUUUAGCCGGAAUUAUAUCAUGGGGUAUUGGUUGUGCUGAAGCAAAUUUACCUGGAGUUUGUACUAGAAUAUCAAAAUUUGUUCCUUGGAUAUUAGAAAUUGUUCAAUAAAAAUUAAUAUUUUUUAAUUAUAUAAUAUUAAUAGAAUUAAAAUGGAUGAGACUUUGGAUUACUAGAAGUAAAAUGUGAAAAAACCUAAACGUCUUAGAGCGCUCGACUAAUUCACAAUAUGACUUGCACUCAAACAUAUCAAUAUCAUCAAAAAACCAAUAUUAAGAGGAAAUUAAUUAAAUAAAUAAACAUGGAAAAUUCACUUAGAAAUUAGAAAAAAUUCAUAUAUAAAUAUAUAUAUACAUAAA